AUCAGAACGAGGCCCAAAAAAGUUUCUGUGUUUUUUGACAUUUCUACACAUUUUUUUAUUAUAUUUAGGUAGUUAGGUAGUUUGAGGAAUCACCAUGGUAGACACAGAGAGACUAAAGGCUCAACUGAAAACGACACCAGCGGUCACAUGUAUGAAAAUACUUUUGAUGGUCUUCAAUUUCAUAUUUUGGAUUACAGGAAUUGCCGUGCUUGCGAUUGGAAUAUGGAUGAAGGUCGAUCUCUUUAGAUUCUUGGAGUUGGCGAAUCUUUACAAUAUUGCCGUCCCAUGGGUCCUAAUAGGUGUUGGCUGUUUGAUUAUCAUUGUUGGAACACUAGGAUGUCUGUGUACGGUGAAAGGGAAGGCUUUCCUGCUAUAUUUGUUUGCGGCUUUCCUGAUGUUGGUGUUUAUUGUUGAAUUGAGUGCAGGCAUUGCUCUCUUUGUGUUCCAAGGUCAGCUUCAAAAGGGAUUCUCUGAUGGACUCACGAGUGCUGUGAACAGUUACCAGGACCAGACCACAAAGCACAAAGCCAUGGACGAUCUGCAGAAAGGGCUGCAAUGCUGUGGUGUUGACACCUAUUUGGACUGGUACACCUCUCCAUGGUCUAACAAAACUAACUCCGUACCAAGGACAUGUUGCAAAAAACCAGACUCUGCAAAUUGUGUUACUACACCAUUCCCAGGUGGAACUACAAAUGAAACUAUAGCUGAUACAAUUUAUACAGAGGGUUGCAGCAAGAAGGUAGUGACAUUCAUGAAGAAAAACAUUGGUGCAAUAGGGGGCGCUGCAAUCGGAUUCGCGUUUUUACAGUGUUUUGGUUCCUUGGCUGCGAUUUGCCUUGCUAAGCUUAUAUACAAAACUACAUAUGAUGAAAUGAGCAGCCAUAAACCCGUCUAG